CAGCCUCGGGAGCCGGGAGCGGGGAGCGCGGCGGCCGGCGGCACUCGGUCCCGGGCCCCGGGCGGCGGCGGCGGUGGCGGCCCGCGCCAGCCAUGCCGAACAAAAACAAGAAGGAGAAAGAGCCCCAGAAAGCGGGGAGAGGCGGGAAAAGUUCCAAGGAAGGACCCGACGCGGCGGAGACCGAGGUUCCCAGCAGGAAGAACAGCACCGUGGCGGCGCCGUCAGCAGCCGUGGUCUCCUCUUCCAACAAGAUCAAGGUGCCUCUGCCGCAGCCCGUGGUGAAAAAGGAGAAGCGGCAGAGCUCCUCCCGCUUCAGCGCCAGCACCAACAGAGAGCUCCAGAAACUCCCAUCUCUGAAAGAUGUUCCUCCUGCUGACCAAGAGAAGCUGUUUAUCCAGAAGUUACGUCAGUGCUGCGUCCUCUUCGACUUUGUUUCCGACCCGCUCAGUGACCUGAAGUGGAAGGAAGUGAAGCGAGCCGCUCUGAGUGAAAUGGUAGAGUACAUCACCCACAACCGGAAUGUGAUCACAGAGCCCAUUUACCCAGAAGUAGUCCAUAUGUUUGCAGUUAACAUGUUUCGAACAUUACCACCUUCUUCCAACCCCACGGGAGCAGAGUUUGACCCAGAGGAAGACGAGCCCACUCUGGAAGCAGCCUGGCCUCACCUGCAGCUUGUUUAUGAGUUUUUCUUAAGAUUUUUAGAGUCUCCAGAUUUCCAACCUAAUAUAGCGAAGAAAUACAUUGAUCAGAAGUUUGUAUUGCAGCUUUUAGAGCUCUUCGACAGUGAAGACCCCCGCGAGAGAGAUUUUCUUAAAACUACCCUUCACAGAAUCUAUGGGAAAUUCUUGGGCUUAAGAGCUUACAUCAGAAAACAGAUAAAUAAUAUAUUUUAUAGGUUUAUUUAUGAAACAGAGCAUCACAAUGGCAUAGCAGAAUUACUGGAGAUACUGGGAAGUAUAAUCAACGGAUUUGCCUUACCGCUAAAAGAAGAGCACAAGACCUUCUUACUGAAGGUGUUGCUGCCUUUGCACAAAGUGAAAUCUCUGAGCGUCUAUCAUCCACAGCUGGCCUACUGUGUGGUGCAGUUUCUAGAAAAGGACAGCACCCUCACGGAGCCGGUGGUGAUGGCACUGCUCAAAUACUGGCCAAAGACUCAUAGUCCAAAAGAAGUCAUGUUCUUAAAUGAAUUAGAAGAAAUCCUAGACGUCAUCGAGCCGUCAGAGUUCGUGAAGAUCAUGGAGCCUCUGUUCCGGCAGUUAGCCAAGUGCGUCUCCAGCCCACACUUUCAGGUGGCCGAGAGAGCACUGUACUACUGGAAUAACGAGUACAUCAUGAGCCUCAUCAGUGACAACGCAGCCAAGAUCCUGCCCAUCAUGUUCCCGUCCCUGUACCGCAACUCCAAGACCCACUGGAACAAAACAAUCCACGGCCUGAUCUACAACGCGCUGAAACUCUUCAUGGAGAUGAACCAGAAGCUAUUUGACGAUUGUACCCAACAGUUUAAAGCAGAGAAGCUGAAAGAGAAGCUAAAAAUGAAAGAACGAGAAGAAGCAUGGGUUAAAAUAGAAAAUCUAGCCAAAGCAAACCCCCAGUACGUGGUGUAUAGUCAAGCCAGCACCGUGAGCAUACCGGUGGCAAUGGAGACAGAGGGGCCUUUGUUUGAAGACGUGCAGAUGCUGAGAAAGACAGUGAACGAAGAGGUGCAUCAGGCCCAGAAAGACGCGAAGAAGGAGCGGCCUAUCGUGCGCCGCAAGUCCGACCUGCCUCAGGACCUUCACACCAUGAGCGCCUUGGAGGCUCACUGCCGAGCCGAGGAGCUGGUGCCCCAGGACGGGCACUAGCCUGGGCAGAGUCGCCAGGGCCCAGCGCCUGCCUCUCUGGAUUCUGUAGAAAACACAUACUCUCUGUGCCAUGCCCAUCAGCCCACUCCCAGUCACAGCUUCCGGCGACCCCAUUCUGUAGGCAAUAACGCGUUCCCACUUCAGCUGAGAUUAGGAGUUCAAACAAUGGUGACUUCUCAGCAACGACGCCCACUGUCCCUCCCCUCCAGGUCGGCACGACUGGCCGACCGGCACAGUCCCCACUCAGACUCGUCCCCGAUCUAAGGAAAGCGUCCUCACCAUCGCCACCUUCUACCCAAGUGGAAUUUUCAGUCAGUUAAAGUAGGUGGCUCUAUGAUCCUAUCAAUGUUUUUCAAAUCAGAGGAACACUUUUUUAAAAAAAGUAUUGCUUAUGUUUUAGACUUUACAGCCUUUGCAUCUGUCUCCCUGUGAGUGUGUCACGCCAGCUGUUACUUCUCCUGUUUCUGUUUUCUUUACCUCACUGACACGGUUCUUUGCUCUCACCUUCCUUCGUAACAGGGCUUAUUGGAAAAGUGGCGUGACAAUCCCCCCCGCACUGGGACUCUCUCCCAAGGUAUUUCUUUGCUCUGAUCAGCGACCGGGAUGCCGUGCCCCGGUUCCUGUAGGUGUAUCCUAAAGCCAUAUUCCCGAGUCUGCGGUAUGCAGCACCAGGAUUCCAGGAGGGAGCUCGGAGGAGAAGUUCAUUCUAAAACGAGCCUUCUCCAUCCACCUUGACUGGAAUUGGGGUUGAAAAUUAUGUAUUCACUCUUUUGUUUUCAGAAUUCCUUUUCUCAACUCACAGCCGUCUCUGCCCUUUGGACAAGACUCUUGAGUUAGUAGAACUAGGCUUCUGAAGAUUCCGAUUCACAGAAAGUUAGGAGGAAGUCACUGAGUUAAGCCAGUCGGUGGCCUACAGCGCCUCCAGGCGUAGGUCAUGAGAAGAGCAUGAGAGGGCAGCCCUAAGCGCUCCCGGGACGCAGGCAGAGGUAAACUCCAGUGGAUCUUGGUCCUCUCAGGAGAGAGCACACUCUAAACACCUCAGACGAUAGGCAGCGGCUGCUCGCGCAGGUCUUCAAAUGCUGCUGUCUGGCUGAGACUCCCUGCAUGUACUUCCGGAGCUGUUUUUGUUUUGGAUGGAAAUGGCGUGAGGAGAGAAAGCUUCAGUCUUUAGUACUUGCUCUCUUUCUCUCUCUCUCAGGGCAGCCAGUGUUUUGAUUUGUGUGUUCUGGGAAGCUGAGGUAUGUCCUGCUCUCCUAAACAAGGGAUCUAGUUUCUUUCUUGUGUCUCUGGCAUCAGCUCCUACACUUCGUGUUAAGUGUCUUGACGCAUAAGAGGUAAAGCGUGGCUUCGGUUAGCACCUGUCUCUCUGUCUCGGCCUCCAUAAGCGCUGAGCAGUGCAGACGAACUCCCCACGCACCCCAGCACGUCUGCUGUCUGCUCCCAUCCCACGGCAGGGACAGUGUUCUGUCUCCUUGAAUCUCCAAGGAAAAUCACUGGUGGGAAGGGGGGUCCCCGGUAUGACAAGCAAGUACUCAAUUCAGUGGUUGCCCACUUUGAGAAGAAGCACUUCCUGAGAAACUUGACACGUGUCUGCCCACUUUGCCAUUUUGAAAUUAGUUUAGAUGCCUUCUCCUGCUGAGGGAAAAAGGGUGCUUUUUCUUGUAUAAAGCAGCGUCUUUGUAUUUUGACAUACCAUUGUUUGAACUUCCAUCUUUAGCUGAUAAAUGCUCAGAUAGUCUUGAUUUUGAAUGUUCAGUAUGUUUGUGAGAGAUGUUUCUGGGAAGACAGUCUUUUGCUCUAGGGCAAAAGCAAAAUAUCAAUGUUUGGGUGAUCGUACAAAACUCAACCUAUGAGAACAUCUUUUUUGUUUGUUUUGUUCUGGUCUACCUUUUAUUUCUAUUCUUUAUUGAAGACAAACAUUCACCAAAAAGGGAAAAGUAACAAGUUUUGAGAUGAGGUAAUUUUCUUUAACAAGAGUAUUACUUUAACAUUCUGUCCUACGGUUUUCCUAGUUAGUACUCAGAUUCCCUGUGCUAAUUGUACAGCUUACAUGCGAUUCUAUAGAACAGUGUUUGUUCUAUAUUGUUAGUGCAUCGAAAAUAAACUGGUGACUGUUCCUCUUCAUAAAGCUCUGUGUUUGGCAUUUUCUCUUUCAAAAUAUCUGUCCGUCAGAAAUGUCACUAUUCCAAGCUUUAGUACAGCUUCCUUUUAAUAUUGUACAUACACUGUAUCUUUGUUUUAUGGUAAUAAGUAAUAAAAAUGUAGACUUCAUAUUUUGUACAAAAUGUCCUAUGUACAGAAUUAAAAAAAAAGUUCAUAGAAACUGCAAAAAUAGGUAAGUGGCACAAUUAUUUUUAUUUAGAAAAUAUCUGUAACUUUAUGCUUGAGUGAAAUGUUAAGUACCUGCAUAUUUUUUAACAUUUUGUAAUUCAGAACUUUCUGUUUCGACAUUGUUUAUGAAGAGAAAACUUCAUACACUCGCCAUUUACUAUGCUCUUUUAUCUAAUUUCAAAGAAACUCUAAAAAUGGUGUACUAUAUGGACUAAAUAAAGAACAUGUGACUUUUCUCACUCA